AUGACUGCGGAGUGGUGUGUGGAAUUGAAGUUGCUGUCUGUCGCUUUCAUCGGAUUAUUCUCAUCUCUCAUACUGGGGUUUCUGUCCAGUACAAGUGCCUUUCCCGAAGAAGACAACACAAAGAUUCCCUUUUUCAAUCCACGCCCUACCAACGUUUCCUAUAACACUGGUGAAACUGCCGUCCUCUCGUGCUCCGUAAUGAAUGUUGAUGCUAGAUAUGUUGUGUGGCGGCGAACAUCGGAGCCUAACCCAAUCAGUUUCGGAGAAUAUAUCUACAGUCCGGACCCAAGAUUCAACGUCACCAGGAACCCCCGAAGGCACGAGUGGAAUCUCCGGAUCCGGGACGUCCGACUUAGGGACGGGGGUGUAUAUGAAUGCGCCAUUUCAUCGCGGAAGAAAUACAUCCGCCACGUAUUACUCAGGGUAUACGAGCGGCCGACCACAGCCAAACCAACCGUUACAAUGGCAGGUUCAAAGUUUGUGACCAAAGGGGAGACAAUCCGAUUACAGUGCAAUGCUACGGGCUCAUAUCAUGCCCCUGAAGACAUAGACUGGUUUAAAGAUGGGAACAAAUUAAUCCCGAGUGUUACAAACAAUAUAAAAAUUAAUACUCAGCUUACAUAUGAGAAGCGGAUACUUACCAGCGUGCUAGAGGUACAACACACUAAAUUAGACGACGCCGGGAUUUACGUGUGUCGCAGCACGGACCUGAAGAUCGCCAACAAUCAUGUGCACGUGCUGGAUGAAGGGACAUCUCGUAAAAACGUCAAAAGAGUGUCCGGUACGUCGAAUGGUGGAAAAAAUCACUGCUGCAUAACCUUCUCCAGCCAUUUUGCAGGAAUAUUAGCUGUUUCAUUGACUUUAAAUUAUCUGAUUCAACAACUCGCAAAGACGUGACAAACCAUAUAAGGACAAAGAAAGCUCACCUACAUGUUUUCACUAUAACGUCCAUAUAAUAUGCAAGGGAGCAGCCAGUAACGAUUUCUUUUCAUUGUGUUGGUUGUUUCAUUUCAAUUAAGCCCUGAAUUACACUAUCGUUAUACGUUUGCUGGGUUAU